CUGCAUAUUUUAUAUUAUACUUUUACUUUGAAGGCCUUUUGCAGAAUUUUUUCGUCACUACCUCUUUGCUCGUGAAACUUUCACAAUCGCAGUUUCACCUUCCACUCUUUCAGUCAUCGAACUCCAUAACGAUGGCAAACGAGGCCAGACCAUGUCCCUGUGAUAUUGGAGAUCGGAUGGAGUAUGGAGGGCUGGGUCAAGAGAUCCAGGCUGAGCACAUUCAAACCUAUGUAGUAAAGCCAGAUACUGCAUCUGACAAGGCUGUGAUUGUCAUACAAGACAUCUACGGAUGGCAACUUCCCAACACAAGAUACAUGGCUGAUAUGCUGGCUGCCAAUGGAUAUAUUGCUGUUUGUCCAGACUUCUUUCUUGGAAAGGAACCCUGGACUCCAUCACAUGACUGGUCCACAUUUCAGGAGUGGCUUGAAGGCAGAAAGCCAACCAACAUUAACAAAGAGGUGGAUGUAUUAGUGAAGUUUCUGAAAGAAAAGUGCGGCGCCAAGCACAUUGGAGUUGUGGGCUUCUGCUGGGGAGGCAGUGCCACACAUUAUCUGGCUCUGCAAUGUCCUGACAUCAAAACUGGAGUGUCAGUCUAUGGAAUUGUCCGUGACAGGGAGGACAGGUAUGACCUGAAGUGUCCCACAUUGUUCAUCUUUGGUGAGAAAGAUGACAUUAUUCCACUUGACCAGGUGAGCAUCCUUGAAGCCAAAUUGAAAGAGAAAUGCACAGUUGACUAUCAUGUAAAGAUCUUCCCUGGACAGACUCAUGGGUUUGUCCACCGCAAGAGAGAAGACAUCAACCCUGCAGACAAACCCUACAUCCAGGAGGCCAGAACAGACCUGCUCAACUGGCUGAAGAAGUACAUGUAAAUAAGAGGUGCAGAGAACUAGUGUAGUGCAGUCAGUGCACUUAAUAAAGAAUGCACAUAUAAUAUGCAGAUUUCAUGAAGGCCAAAUGUAAAAUAUAGAAUUUGAGCCAUUUAAUUUGUUAAUUUUCAUAUAUGUAUAAUUAUGUCUGAACCUUUACAUUUUAUAAAUGGUGAUAAGGUAAAAUUAGGUUUUCCCCUUUUUGCCUUAUCAAACUAUAUGGUUGCAAUAAGUUGUCCUGUUAAAUGAGACCCCAACUUUGGUAAUAAGCUACAUGCAAUAAAGCAAAAUGAAAUUUUCAUGCA